AAUUACAGUCACAUUACGUACUACAGAACUAAUUAGUUUACGAUGUCUUCGAUCUUCUUCUUCUAUUUUGUUUUUUUGAUUUUUUCUUGUUGGGCACUUGUGCAGCAAAAGAUAGUGCUCGGGGUACAGAUGAAUUGCCAGAAAUGCAGGAGGAAGGCACUCGAGGUUGUGGCAGAAACGGAUGGUGUAAGUUUUCUGGGAUUAGAAGGAGAGAAUAAAGAAGAAGUAGUGGUGAUUGGAGAUGGAGUUGAUGCUGCCAAGUUAGCCUGCAGGUUAAGGAAGAAAGUUGGAUAUACUGCCAUUAUCAGCGUUGCACCGACGGCUAACUAGACAAGGCCCCCUUCCAAUACUCUUAUUUAUUAUUAUUCCUUUGUGGCUCAGCUUUCUUUAGAGUAGAUUGUCAAAUCUCUGUUUUGUUGGAUCUUGUGUGGUGAUAAGAGAACUUUCGAUCCAAAUUAUAAGAUUUUCUUUUAUCA